CAGAAACCUGAGCAGCACGGCGUCUGGCUCACAGAUAACCUUUCAUCACCAUUUUCACUGCGUUUUAUGCGCUCUUGCUCGAUAACCGCGGAGAUGCAAAAGGGGAUUUGGAAUUAAAUAGCUGGUGUCUGUAACGUGGUGGGGGAUUUGACUAGCUUUCCCCCGUUUUUAUUCACCGCAGCGCUCUCUCUCUCUUCCCGCAGCUCUUCGCUGCUCGGAUCGUGGUCUGCCAGGGGCUGCAGAGCCGUGCCUGUCGACUCAUUGAGAACCAAAUGCGUGUGUAACAGACUCUCAACCUUCGCCAUUUUAGCACGGCUAAAUCCUGACAUGAACAUGGAUAAAAUGCAGCUUCCCUCUGUGACGCUGAUGGUGGGCUGUGGAGUCUCCUCUCUCACCUUGCUGCUCCUCAUCAUCAUCUAUGUGUCGGUCUGGAGGUACAUUCGCUCUGAGCGCUCCGUCAUCCUCAUCAACUUCUGCCUCUCCAUCAUCUCCUCCAACGCCCUCAUCCUCAUUGGUCAGACGCAGACACGGAACAAGGUGAUCUGCACGCUGGUCGCUGCUUUCCUGCAUUUCUUCUUCCUGUCGUCAUUCUGUUGGGUUCUGACAGAGGCGUGGCAGUCAUACAUGGCUGUGACUGGCCGGCUGAGGAACCGCAUCAUCCGCAAGCGAUUCCUGUGUCUGGGCUGGGGUCUACCUGCUCUGGUUGUGGCAGUCUCUGUGGGUUUCACCAAAGCUAAGGGAUAUGGCACCGUCAACUACUGCUGGCUGUCUCUGGAAGGUGGUCUGCUUUAUGCGUUUGUGGGACCGGCUGCCGCUGUAGUCUUGGUUAACAUGGUUAUCGGGAUUCUCGUAUUUAACAAACUGGUGUCCAAAGACGGCAUUACUGAUAUGAAACUGAAGGAGAGGGCAGGGGCUCCUCCUCUCCAAUCAGGAACACCUCAAUCUCAGCUCCCCCUUUCCACCUCGUCACUGAUUCGGGCGUCGCUGUGGAGCUCCUGUGUGGUUCUGCCUCUCCUGGCCCUCACCUGGAUGUCUGCUGUCCUGGCCAUCACCGACCGCCGCUCCUCCCUCUUCCAGAUCCUGUUCGCUGUGUUUGAUUCGCUGGAAGGCUUCGUCAUCGUCAUGGUGCAUUGCAUCCUGCGCCGAGAGGUUCAAGAGGCAGUGAAGUGUCGGGUAGUGGACCGCCAGGAGGACGGGAAUGGAGACUCAGGGGGAUCUUUCCAGAACGGACACGCUCAGCUUAUGACUGAUUUCGAGAAAGACGUCGACAUGGCUUGCAGAGGAGGUACUCUGAAGCGUUCCUCUCUCCAGGGUGAUGAGAAGCCAUCCUCCCAGCCCCUGACCCUUCAGAAGGGCUCUAACUUCAACACCAUGCCUGCCAGCAUGGCCAAGGUCCACCUCCAGAAUGUGGCAGACUACCCCAGUCAUACUCUCACCCUGCGCAGGGAGAAGGGUGGCGCCACCAAGGGCAUCAGCACCGAGCUGCCGGGAGCCAAGUCCAUCUACAUCUGUGACGGGGAGCUCUUUAAACAGCUGGACGGGGAGCUGUCUCCACAGGGGACAGGGGAGGCCGGGGGGCCUGAGGGCACAGGGUACAUCAUCCUGCCUAACAACAACAACACUGGCACCCUGGGGCGGCCCGGAAAGGGCAGCAAGGAGGACACGACGGCCAAGUACAACAUCAGCAUCGAGCAGCAGAUGCCCCAGACCAGGCUCAUCCACCUGGCCAACUCGGCGGGGGUGGAGGGCGUCCCAGGUUUCGCGCUGAAGAGCCUGCCUGCAGACCUGGUCAGUGUCUCCUGCUCAGAGAGGGAGUCGCCCGUCCACAACAUGCAGAACGUCUCCGGAGAAUCCCACAUGACCAACAGCAUGUGUGAACAGGGUGAUUCUGGGAACUCUGGAAUGAUGUCCAAGAGCGAGACCGUGUCCACGCUCUCCAUGAGCUCCCUGGAGAGACGAAAAUCUCGCUAUGCGGAGCUGGACUUUGAGAAGAUCAUGCACACACGGAAGCGUCACCAGGACAUGUUCCAGGACCUGAACAGGAAGAUCCACAGUGCAGACCAGGACAGGGCGUCUCCGCCUGGCGAUGGGAAGGCAGGGAAGAGGUGGAGUGUGUCCUCAGCAGGCAGCGACAAGACCAUCAUGAGUGACAAGCAGCAGACACCCAGUAAGAGGGCCUGGGAGGGUAUCAGGAAGACCCAAUCUCCCCCGUCGUGGAUGAGGAAGGACCUGGAGCCCUUGGCGGCCUCUCCCCUGGAGCUGCAGAACGUGGAGUGGGAGAAGGCCAGCGCCACCAUCCCUCUGGUGGGACAGGAGCUCAUGGACCUGCAGACAGAGGUGUGAGACUGAGACAGAGAGACAGACGGAGAGAGAGCAGCCAACCCUGUCCCCCAGCCCAGCUCUCAGACAGACAGACAGACAGACAGACACCUUCCCUUCCCGCAGCUCCACGUCUCAAUCUCACUCUAAGAACCAACGACCAAAUGAUCAAUGACCAACGAAACGGGCAGGGGUGAGUGAGAGUGAGUGAGUGAGUGAGUGAGUGAGUGAGAGUGAGUGAGAGAGAGUGAGAGAGAGUGAGAGAGAGUGAGAGAGAGAGAGAGAG